CGGUCGCCCGAGCCGAGGUGUCCGGGGCCCGGGCCAUGGCCGGUGUCCGGGCCGGACGGGAGCGGCCGGGAGCGGACAGGACGGGCCCGGAGCGGACCGUGGAGGCCGGGGAGUCGGGGCAGAUGCUGGUGACGUUCGAUGACAUCACGGUGUACUUGCUCCAGGAGGAAUGGGUGCUGCUGGGCGAGCAGCAGAAGGAGAUCUGUGGGUCAGACAAGCUGGCGGCCCCCCUGGGCCCCCCCAUCGCCAAUCCGGAACUGUUCUGCAGACUCGAGCGAGGACCAGAGCCGUGGCUGGGUGAUCCACAGGCCCGGAGGAAGUCCUUAAACCUCCACUCAGGCAAGAGCAAGCGAGGGACCCCGGGGCACCCGGACGAGCCGGACGGUCCGGCCGACGAAGCCGACCCCCUCCGCCUCCCGCCCCGCAAGAAGGCCCGCGCCUCCCCGCUGGGCCCGGGGAGCGGGCCGGAGGAGCCGGAGGCGGCGGACCACUCCAGGAGGCCCCCGCGACCGCGGUCCAUCCAGAAGUCCUGGUUCGAGCAGUUUCCGUGGCUGCUGGCCAACACGGAGCAGACGGCGCUGUUCUGCUCGGCCUGCAGGGAGUACCCGGCCGUGAGGGACAAGCGCUCCCGCCUCAUCGUGGGCUACACCGGCCCCUUCAAGGUGGAGACCCUCAAGUACCACGCCAAGAGCAAGGCCCACAGGUUCUGCGUCAGCGCCCUGGCCGCCCGAGACCCCGUGUGGGCCGCCCGCUUCCGGGGGGUCCGGAACCUGGCCGGCGACCCCCUGCUCGGCCCGGAAUAUCUGUUCGCUGCCGACUACCCUCCGGGACCCGACCUCGACUGCCCCGCCGGGCUUCUGCAGAGCCCCCGGCCCGAGCCGGGGGACCCCCCCACAGACGGCCUGGUGCCCCCGCUCUUCCCGGACGGCGUGGCCGACCUGUGCCCCCAGGACGCCCUGGCGGACCUCCGAGACCCCUCGACCCUGAGCGUCCUGUUUGACGACCCCGCCGAGCCCUUCGGCCAGGGGCCGUCGGAGGAGGGGCCGUUGGAGGAUGUGCCGGUGGUGUUCGCGGAGCUGCCGGUGACGUUCGAGGACGUGGCGGUGUACUUCACCAGGGAGGAGUGGGGGAUGCUGGACAAGCGGCAGAAGGAGCUCUACCGGGACGUGAUGCGGGUCAAUUACGAGCUGCUGGCCUCGCUGGGGCCCGCCGCGGCUAAGCCGGAUCUGAUCUCGAAGCUGGAGCGCAGGGCCGCGCCCUGGAUCAAGGAUCCAAAUGGCCCCAAGUGGGGGAAAGGCCGCCCGCCAGGGAAGAAGAAGAAGAAGAUGGCAGCGGCCGCCGCAGCCCAGGAGGCGGCCGAGCAGGGGGCCGCCGAGGAAGCCCGGCCGCCCCCGGCCUCGCCGGAGGAGACCGGAGCUUCCCUCCCGCCCGCCGGGAGCGUCGACCCGGAAGGCGACGGGCCCGGGCGAGUCAAGAAGACGUACCGGCCCCGCUCGAUCCAGAAGUCGUGGUUCGGCCAGUUCUCGUGGCUGAUCACGGACCCGGAGGAGACCACGCUGUUCUGCUCGGUCUGCAAGGAGCGUCCGUCCCUCCACGACAAGUCCUCCCGGCUGGUCAAGGGCUACACGGGGCCUUUCAAGGUGGAGACGCUCAAGUACCACGAGGUCAGCAAAGCCCACAAGCUGUGCGUCAACACGGCCGAGGCCCGGGACACGGCCCCGCGAGCCUCCCCGGCCCCGGCCGCCCCGAGAUCUCCAGCGACCUGAUGGCCAACAUGGAGCACUUCUUCAACGCGGCCUACUCCAUCGCCUACCACUCGCGCCCGCUCAACGACUUCGAGAAGGUCCUGCA